UAUAAUAUUAUUCAUGAACUAAGAUGAUUUCGAGGUAUAAUAUAUCGAUGUAGAGAUUAUAAAAGAUCUCAGUUGAAGUCAGCGAUCCAAAGGUCUAAUCGGGACUUAACAAGUACACAACUUAUUCAGUUCGAGGAAUGGAUAAGAACGGAUAAUUUGAUGUAAUACGUAGGUUUAGUGAUUUCCGACUUAUUCGACAAUUCCUUAUAACAAAGUGGCCUGGCUGUUACAUUCCACCACUUCCACCGAGAAAGGCGAUUGUAAAUAUAGAGACUCUACGACUUUUAGGGAAAUAUGGAUUAGAAGUUCAUAGAUGAUAGAAUGCAUUCAUUAUAAGAUUGGAUGAGGAUUAUGGCUCAGACCAAAUACUUCUGGUAUUCUGAGGAGUUCCAGUUAUUCAUCAAGGCCAAUGGGGACAUCGAGAAAGUAAAUAAAGCACUUAGUUGUAGGCUUUGACUUAGGUACCUAAAUUAACUUAUGAUGAAAUAAUAAACAAAUACUAGGAAACCUUUACAGAUCUUUCAGGAGUAAGUUUUUGUUUAUUGAUAAUAGAGAGAAAUCAACAGAGAAUUAAUUCAAAAGAUAACAGAUUUUCACUUGUUUCUAAAAAGAGUAAAUCCAAUGGUUGAGAAUUUUAAAUAAAUUGCUAAGUAUUAUUCCUAAAAAUCAUAGAAACAUAGCUGAGGCUAGGUAGAAUUUUCAAGAAUAAAUGGCCACUUUUGUUUAAACUCACUUGGCUGUUUAUGAACAACAAGUCUUAUUGGAGUUUAGCGAGAGUUAGGAUAAAUUGGUAAUACAGAACAUCAAGAAUGAAGAGUACCCAGCGUAAUUGUUAAACAAUUACAUUAAUUUAUUGCAAUAGAAUGAAUUCUAAUCUUUAUACUAAGAAAUUAAGAAGGAAUCUAAAUAAGUGCGGGCAUUUUUAGAGACCAUGAUAUAAAGAGAGAAGUACGAAUAGUAGAAGGUGUUUUAUGAAUAGAAGUAGAAGGAACUUUAGAUUUAAUUGUAAGAAGUGUUAGCAGGGAAGUCUUCAAUCAAGAAUUUGUUUAGUACGACUAAGAAGGAAGAUUAAAUAGCAAAGUUGCAAGUUUAGAUCGAUUAGGUGUGUAAGGACAUUGAAAACAUGCAAUUUAUUUGUGAUAUACUCACUGUAUUAUUGGGAUAUAUAGAGAUUGACAAAUUCAAGGUAUGAAAUUAUAUUGAAUGGUAGUUGGAGAAGCAGUAGAAUUAUUAUAGAUUGGCAAAGAGUUUAAUCCAAUAUGAAAUCUAAUUGAACCAGGCAACCGAGGAGUUUUGGGAGAGAGUCUAAUAAAAUUAUAAUUUAUUGUGA